UUCAGCAGAAUCGUUUCUUUUCUGCACGACCGUCAGUGCCUCUCCCUCAAUCCAUCGACGAAGCUCACGCGGAUCAGUCCAGCCGUAGAUCACCGUCGCUGCACGUACACGAAGAGGCGUAGAGAUGUGGAGGUGCUUGUCGCGAGGCCUGCGCAUUCCUUCCAACUAUUCGCGCUCUGCUGACUCCCACUCCCUUCGCCGCUUGUUCUCAACUCGAUCGGCUGGAUCGUAUACAGUGGUGGAUCAUACUUACGAUGCAUUGGUGGUGGGUGCUGGAGGCGCGGGUCUCAGGGCCGCGAUAGGGUUGUCGGAGCAUGGAUUCAAUACAGCUUGCAUUACCAAGCUAUUUCCUACUCGUUCUCAUACCGUUGCCGCGCAGGGGGGGAUAAAUGCUGCACUUGGAAAUAUGACAGAGGAUGAUUGGAGGUGGCAUAUGUAUGAUACAGUAAAGGGUAGCGAUUGGCUAGGGGAUCAAGAUGCCAUUCAAUACAUGUGUAGAGAAGCCCCCAAAGCAGUUAUAGAACUUGAAAAUUAUGGUUUACCAUUCUCCCGGACUGAUGAGGGUAAGAUAUACCAACGUGCAUUUGGUGGUCAAAGCUUAGAUUUUGGAAAAGGUGGACAAGCAUACCGUUGUGCUUGUGCUGCUGAUCGAACUGGACACGCGUUAUUGCACACUCUGUAUGGUCAGGCUAUGAAGCAUAAUACACAAUUUUUUGUGGAAUACUUCGCUCUUGAUUUAAUCAUGGGAAAUGAUGGUAGCUGUCAAGGUGUUAUUGCCUUAAAUAUGGAAGAUGGCACUUUACAUCGUUUCCGUGCUGCUUCAACAAUUCUUGCUACUGGGGGUUAUGGUAGAGCAUACUUUUCUGCAACUUCUGCUCACACUUGCACUGGUGAUGGCAAUGCCAUGGUGGCACGUGCAGGGCUUCCUCUUGAGGAUCUUGAGUUUGUACAAUUCCAUCCAACAGGCAUAUAUGGUGCUGGAUGUCUCAUUACAGAAGGAUCCCGUGGUGAAGGUGGAAUUCUAAGAAAUAGUGAGGGUGAAAGAUUCAUGGAACGAUAUGCCCCAACCGCAAAGGAUCUUGCGUCUAGAGAUGUUGUAUCAAGAUCUAUGACCAUGGAGAUUCGAGAAGGGCGUGGUGUUGGACCCAUGAAAGAUCACAUCUACCUCCACUUGAACCAUUUACCUCCUGAGGUCCUCAAGGAGAGACUUCCCGGCAUUUCUGAAACUGCAGCAAUUUUUGCUGGUGUUGAUGUAACCAAGGAGCCUAUUCCAGUUUUGCCAACUGUGCAUUACAACAUGGGUGGAAUUCCCACAAAUUACCAUGGAGAGGUGGUUACCAUAAAAAAUGAUGAUCCUGAUACUGUGGUGCCUGGACUAUUCGCUGCUGGAGAAGCUGCUUGUGCGUCUGUUCAUGGUGCCAACAGACUGGGAGCCAAUUCACUUCUUGACAUUGUUGUCUUUGGGAGGGCUUGUGCAAACAGAGUUGCAGAGAUCCACAGGCCAGGAGAGAAACAAAAAUCGCUGGAAAAGGAUGCGGGAGAGAGAACCAUUGCUUGGUUGGACAAACUUCGAAAUUCAAACGGCUCCCUUCCAACAGCAGACAUCCGAUUGAACAUGCAGCGGGUAAUGCAAAACAACGCUGCUGUAUUUCGAACGCAGGAAACACUGGAGGAAGGUUGCCAGUUGAUCGACAAAACCUGGGAAAGUUUCCAUGAUGUCAAAUUGUUGGACAGGAGUAUGAUAUGGAACACAGAUUUGAUAGAGACAAUCGAGUUAGAGAACCUUCUAAUUAAUGCAUGUAUCACAAUGCACUCUGCUGAAGCUAGGAAAGAAAGUAGAGGAGCUCAUGCACGCGAAGAUUUCACGAAACGAGAUGAUGCAAAGUGGAUGAAACACACACUAGGGUACUGGGAAGAGGAGAAGGUUCGGCUAGAUUACAGGCCAGUUCAUAUGAACACACUCGACGACGAAGUUGAAUCGUUCCCUCCCAAGGCUAGAGUAUACUAAAUCACUAGUUACUACGGCUCUUGUGUUUCCUCUUAAGGUUCGAUUGAUUAUUGAGGAUGCAAUAAGUUAUAAUACUCUAGUAUUUAAUAGCAAAGGGCAAAGGGUUUGGUGAUAAGCAUGAGUGAGUUUGCUGUGCUGCUGAUAUGAUUUGAUCUGAUGAUGAUACAAACUAAAGUGUGAAUAACUAGAAGAAGCAAACGAGCAACUCCUCAUUGUUACUCAUUUUCAUCUCAGAAUGAAGGACAAAAGGCAACAGUUUUUAUUCUCUUAGGGUACAGGUUUUGUUUGUUCGGAGUUUGAAUUUUGGAUUGAGAUUUUGAAUGGUAAAAUAU